UUGAAUUGGAUUGGAUCUCUCCCAUUUUAUAUAAGGAGCAGCUCUUCAGUUUCACAGAAUCGUCUCACAGUUUCUUCAACAACGUCGGCAUAUUUGGGAUCUGUUUGAAGUUUUGUAGAUCGAGAUGGAAAACAAGGAUCAGUACCAACAAUCCCCGGAACCAAAAUAUGAGUGCCUUCUAUUUGAUCUGGAUGACACCCUCUAUCCCCUGAGUUCCGGCAUUUCAGUACAAAUCACUAAGAAUAUUCAAGAAUAUAUGCGUCAUAAGCUUGGCAUGGAGGAAAGUACAGUUCCUGAAUUGUGUCUUUCGUUAUACAAGGAUUAUGGGACGACAAUGGCUGGUCUUAAGGCUCAAGGCUAUAACUUUGAGUAUGAUGACUUCCACAGUUUUGUUCAUGGGAGGUUGCCCUACAAUUUGCUCAAGCCUGACCAUGUUCUGAGGGGUCUUUUACUUAGUCUGCCUGUUCGGAAAGUAAUCUUUACAAAUUCGGAUAAGAAUCAUACCAUUACGGUUCUCAAAAGGCUUGGAAUAGAGGACUGUUUCGAGUCAAUUAUAUGCUUUGAGACUCUGAAUCCCACCAACAGUGCUGAUGGUUCUGCUGACGCAGAAGAAACUGACUUUGUGCAACAACCAAAUACCGAUGCUGUAACUCCAAGGAGCCCAGUUAUCUGCAAACCAUUUGAAAAUGCCUAUGUAGAAGCUUUUAAGAUAGCAAACAUUAACCCUCAAAGAACGUUAUUCUUUGAUGAUAGCAUUCGUAAUUUGGAAACUGCAAAACAAGUGGGUCUGCAAACAGUAUGGGUUGGCACCUCUCACCGAACCAAAGAUGUGGAUCAUGCACUGGAGAGCAUCCACAAUAUGAGGGAGGCAUUGCCAGAACUCUGGGCUGAGCAGUCUGAGAAUGUUAUAUAUUCAAGAGAGGUUGCAAUUGAGACACCAGUAGAAGCUUAAAUGCGCCUACUUGUUAGUCAUCUGAAAGAAUCAUCUCCUUACGUAGGAACGAACUAGCGUGUAAUAGAUGUUAAUGAUUUAAUGUACUCUGUUAUCAGUACCGUGUCGUCUUUUGCUUUGAAAUUGUAGAAUUGUAAUUCUGUAAACAUGAGGUUAAGCUCAGACUACUUGGCCACUGAUUGUUUAAUCAUGCUGGAAUAACUUGAUGUCUAUCGUAAUAAAACUGUUUAAUUGUUUCUCUCAAAAACAAAAACAAAAA